AUGAGCUCUGAUGGAUAUUUUGAUGACGAACUGGACUCGGGGAUAUUGAAUGAACUGGACAUUAUAGAGGCUGCUCACUUCAACCCUAAACCCCCUAAACCAGCAUCUCCAGCUGUAAUCACACCCAAACGCCGGUCUCCAUUGAAGAGACAAGACUCCGAGUUCUUUGACCUCACUUUCGACAUCGACGAAGCCGACCUCCAGCGCAUCGAUGCAGCCGUUGAGUCAUACUUCCAAGGCGAGCCACCUGCGAUUGCCGGUCCGAGUCGGAUUUCGAGAACAUCCUCCAAGAACAAGCAGCAAACCGACCUCUUUGGAAAGGUUGUAUCCACGCAAGCGUCGUCAGGAAAGACCGCGCAUACCACCAGAUCCCCCAUGAAGAGGACGAAGUCAAACUCGCGCAAUCCAUUCGGCCACCCAGCACGGCAGACGAAGCAGUGGGAUCAUACGGCAUUUGCUAAGACAGGGUGGAGGAAGCCGAAGUCUUCCAAAGGCAAGGGAAAGGCGAAAGCGGCGUACGGUGAUGAAAGCGAUGGAGAACAGGAGGAAGCUGUGGAGUUCGAGCAGUUUCCUGCCCCUCUUGUUUCGGCUGCUUCUGGUAACCUUGACAUUCCAUUCCCUUCUCGCAGUCCGCCCCCUCCCAUGAAGUUGAAACCGGAUCUUCUUGAAACCAAACAUUGGAUAUAUCCACUAAAUCAACCUAAACGCGACUACCAGUUCAACAUCGUCAAGCACUGUCUCUUCGAGAACACUUUAGUAGCGUUGCCGACCGGUCUAGGUAAAACGUUCAUCGCAGGCGUCGUAAUGCUAAACUUCUACCGCUGGUUCCCUGAAGGGAAAAUCGUUUUUAUCGCACCUACUAAGCCUCUAGUCGCCCAACAAAUCGAUGCCUGUCAUAGCACUUGUGGAAUCCCCGGGCACGACGCGAUUGAAAUGACAGGUAACAACGCAAGGGCUUAUCGCUCACAUAUGUGGGAAGAAAAGCGCGUAUUUUACAUGACACCACAGACUCUAAUCAACGACCUUACCUCGGAAAACUGUGACCCUCAAAACAUAAUUCUGGUUGUGAUUGACGAGGCGCACAAGGGUACCGGUGAUUACGCAUAUGCUCAAGUUAUCCGGUAUCUUAUGGCGAAGAACGCUCAUUUUCGUGUCCUCGCUCUUACCGCUACCCCUGGGAGCACACCGGAUGCUGUCCAAUCUAUCAUCGAUUCCCUCCACAUUAGUAGGAUUGAGAUAAGAGAUGAGCAAAGCUUGGAUUUGAGAGGCUACAUGCACAAGAAGGAUAUAAAGCAGCACAUAAUCAGGAUGGAUGAAAACGUUAACAAGAUCAUGGAUUUAUUAGCAAAGAUGAUGGAGAAAAUAGCUCGGUCACUUUCAUCGAAAGGAGUUAUGGAACCAGUCAAUGUCGUCAAGAUGCAUCCUUAUCGCAUGACAGCGUUGAGACAACAACUCGCAGCGACAAAUAAUCCCAAUAAGUGGGCUUUUGGUCCCAUAAGCAAGCUAGAAACACUGAGUCGCGCUAUGGGCUAUCUGAUGGAAGCGAGCACUAGCAUGUGUUACACUUGUUUACAGGAGCUAGCUAAAGACAAGGAAGAUAAUUCUGGAAAGGGUAACGGCAAGGGACAGAAGCCACCGAAUAAGCUACGCAGCGAUCCCGAGUUUCAGGCCAUUCUGCGCGAGAUUGAGUCGCAGCGUAUUCGGGGAUUUUCCAUGCACCCUAAAAUGGAAAUGUUGAAGACUUUACUGGUUCAGCAUUUCGGUGCGACGAUGGCGGAUGGCGAGCAAGAAGGCGGAACUACGCGUGCGAUGGUCUUUGUGACGUUUAGGGACUGCGUUGACGAGAUCGUCGAAGUCUUGAAUGAAGAGAUGCCUUUGCUCAAGGCGACGAGGUUUAUUGGUCAAGGCACAGACAAACAAGGAAGAAAAGGUUUCGCGCAGAAAGAACAGAUAGAAGUCCUCAAAAAGUUCAAAGCCGGCGAGUUCAAUGUCCUCGUCUCCACCUCGAUAGGUGAAGAAGGGCUUGAUAUCGGUGAAGUUGACAUGAUUAUCUGUUAUGAUGCCCAGAAGACUCCCAUCCGCAUGCUGCAACGCGUGGGGCGUACCGGCCGUAAACGCGAUGGUUAUGUUCAUGUACUACUCUCAGAGAUUCGGGAAGAAGAUAACUGGGAAAAGGCUAAAGACGCUUAUGGAGAGCUUCAGAAGAGCAUCGUUCGCGGUGAUCAACUGGAGCUCUAUAGCGACGUCGAAAGGUUGUUGCCCAGUCAUGUCAAGCCCGAACUUCUGGAGAAGAAAAUGGACAUUGAAGAGUACGUUCGCGAAGAAUCUUCAAGAAAGGCUGCUUCACUUGCUACCGGAGAAGAUGCCGCCGCAAAAGGCAAGAAGCGAAGACGAAACGAAGAUCCGCGGAGGAACAUGCCUGAUGGAGCCAGCACCGGUUUCGUGAGCGUAGCUGACCUCGUGAAGAAAGGAGCCAAGAAAAGGAAGACUUCUAAAAAGGAAUUUGAUCCUCUGGCAGGAGAGGAUGACUCGACUGAUAUGGAGUUAGAGAGUGGCUUGUUGACGUUGCGGCGAGCAGCAUCAGCCUCCGCUUCCACGGCGUCGAAGCAGAAACCGAAAGCGAGACUGCGUAAAUCUUCUACUAUGGGCCCAUCGAACAAGACGAAAGCAUCCACUGGCAAUAAAAAGAAGCGGGUCGCGAAAAUUCCUGAACCUAGUGAUUUCUCUGAGAAAUGUGCUGAUGACUCAGAUGAUAUGGAUAUUCAAAGAGGAACUCUGCUUGCUCCAUGUGCUAACUCGGAAUCUAGCUCAUCACGGAAAUCUCUAUCUCCAAUCCAAGUUCCGGGAUCUCGACCCACUUCUCCGGAGAUUCCACUAGCUCAAACCAAGGUGAUUGCAAAGGCGAGGAGGAAAACUGCGAUUCGUCCCCGGAUAUUAUCGGAUCAGGAGGAUGCAUCACCCCCCAGUUACUCAUCCCCAAAAUUGUCUGAAUCACGAAAGCAAGACACCGAAGCACAGCGCACGAAAAGAAAUGGAGAACAGCAUUCGCCUCUGCCGGAGGACAAUGAUAUUGUUUCUAUACCAUCUCUGUCUGCUGGUUCGCCCUAUCAUUGGUCGUCCUCCCCAGUUCCCAACUUACCGGUGCCUGAUGAAGUCAUAGAAUUGACGUCGUCUCCUUCUGCUUCGCACUCGAUGUCGCCUGUGCACAAUCAAGAUUCACCCCCACAGCAGCCGUCGUUGAUGAACGAGGAUGAAGGGCACAGCAAUAAAGAUUGUAGCUCCCAUGAUUCUUUCACUGCUAAGAUUGCGCAAUCUCCUUAUCGUCCUGGGAACGACCUGAUGUCCGGAGACGAAGGACGUAGCAUGGCAUGGCUAUUAGAUGACGAUGAAGACAUUGAUAUGCAAAUUUUGAAUUCUUCGCCUCUUGUUCAGAAACUGGAAUUGCCGACUGCACCUCCCCGCAUUUAUAAUGACAGCAUAGAAAUUGUUGACGAACCAAUUUUGCCUUCACCGCAGGAUUUCUUCGAAGAACCUGGUCCCACAGACGGCGCAGUCGGAAAAUCUAUAAGUUGGACAUCACCUAUUGCAAGGCCUGACCAAGACUUUCCUGAGGCAUCUUUCGCAGUACGUCCAAUAAAGCGGUCAAAAAAGCAGGCUACCGUCGUCCAGCCUCCAGACUUCUCUCCAGUUGAUAUGCCACCUCCUUCUCAGCGGCGGUUACAACGACGGACAAUAGAUUCGCCUUUAUCGCGGCCAUCUGCUCGUCGAGAAAGCAAGAAGCCUCGCGGCAUCAUCCAAAGUAAAGCAAACCCCUGGGUCGCCAUGGAAGCUGCUCAUUCCGGAGAUGAGGAAAGUGAGGGGUCUUCACAUCCAGAAGAUGACGUAGAAAGCGAAUCGGAUAGACAGUUCCUGCACGACAUGUCUCAAACUCAAGCUUCUCCGUCUUACAACCAGUCUCUCGUAUACCGUCAAAGUCUUCUCACCCAGGCACCUGCUGCAAUGGCCGGACCGGCCUUUGCGAAUCGUCCGACAAGGAGAGGUGCAUUACUGGCUCCUGAGCGGGAGAAUCGCAGACAGCGCCUAAUGGUGUCCAGUUCACCACUAAGAGAAGAGGAGCCAGACGAAUAUGUUUUUGGAAGUUUUGUUGUUGAUGACGAUGCAGAUAUAUCAUUUUCUGGCCCUUCUAGCGACCUUUGA